AUGAGUAAAAAUUUAGAAUAAAAUAAAAAUUUAGAGACUUUAGUUAGAAACAAAAGAUUAGAACAUGCAGAAGUCACUGCCUUAUUUAUGGAGAUUUCUUCAGAAUAUUCAUACACUAUGAAUAGUAUCAUAUUUGAAAAAUACUUAAAUGAGCAAAAUUAGGAUCUUGUUCCUCACUAAUUAGUUCUUCCUCCAAAAGAAGAAGAAUUGUUGAGUUAAGUUCCAGAAAAAGGGAUGUUAUUACUAGAAAAGGAUAAAGGAGCAAAGGAAAUUGUAUUAUAUUCACCAUAUGAGAUUUAUGAAAGUGAAGCUCGUGAUUUUACUGAAAUUUUCAAGGAAUUUUGUUUAUCUUCGUUUUUAAUUACUCCUGAAGCUAUAUCUGCUUUAUAAUAGAUUCGUACUGAAUGCAAUAAAAUUUUGGAUUAUGAGUUUUUCAAGCUUUUGCGUCCUUAAUAACCUCAAAGAUUAGAUGAAUUUAAAUCUGAUCAAGAAACUGAAAUCGAUAAAAUAGUUAAUAGACUAAGAUUAGAUUGGGUACCUAAUGUUGAAAAAAUUAUUUUUAAUGAAUUUUCUGAAUCUGAUAAAGGAUGGUUAAAUCUCAAAGAGACUAACAAGGUUGCCUAUGAGAGUGGAAAAUUGAAAAAAUUCUUUAAUUUAGUUAUUAUAACUAUGCAAGAUAGUUUAUUGACUCUUUGCUAAAAAAGCUUCAAAAACUUUUAGGCCUAUCUUUCACAAUAUGUCCCAGAAAAAGUUACUAUAUUAAAACCAAACCACGUGAUUAAUGAGUAUAAAAAUAAUGUAAUUGUUGAUUCUAAAAAUCCAGAUACUUAAAUUUCUAUUAAUGCUGUAAAACCUCUAUUUACUAUUGAAUUAAUGAAAAACAAUGAAGAUUAAGAGUUCUUCUAUUCAACUUAACCUAAGUAUUUCUUAUCUACAAUCUAAAUGUUAUUUGAUAAGCUAGUAGAUGAAUUAUAAAAAAUACCCUCAGUUGAGCGUUCUCUUAUGCAAGAUUUGUUUAGAAAGAUGUCAUAGUUGAAAGAAAUUUUUAUAAAAAGUCCUAAAAGAUAAAUAAAUGAAGGAGAAGUUUUCAUUUCUAAGGAAGACCAACAAUUUGAUGAAAAUAAAUGGGUAAAUGAGUUAUUUGCUUUGAUGACAUAAGAAUUAGAACAAUCAAUACAACCUCUUGACGAAUAUUUAAAAUAAUAUGAUCCUUAUAAAUCUCUACUCAAAUUAAAUCCUGAAGAAUAUUGCAAAGGAUUUGAUGAUAAAGAAAAUCCUAAAGACAUAAGUGUUAUUACAACAGAAAUAGAAAAUAUUGCUAAGAAAGAAAAGGCUCUAGUUGCUAUUAUGCCUGAAAUCAUACAAGUUUCAAGCUUUGAAAUUAAUUGUAAAGACACAACUCAGUAUUUAUAAAACAAGUAUGCUCAAACAUAAAAGCUGCUUAUUGAGUUAAUUGCCAAUAGAGGAAAGACUAUGACUUAAGAUUUAUUCAAAGAAAUUGGAGGAAUUAAAUAGAAAUUAACCAAACCACCAGAGAAUAUUGAAGAAUUAACAAGCAUAACAGAUAAGAUGGCAAUUAUCCCUUCUGAGUUAGAAAAAAUGAAAAAAGAUAUUGAGAAAUCUAUGGAAAUAUAUUAAAUUAUGGAAAAUUACAAUUUCAAAUUUACUGAAGAUGAACUAAAAAAAAAAUGGUAAGUGUUCGGAGGUCCUAAAGAAAUUAUUAAAACAAUUGAAGACCAAAAAGCAAUUCUUGAAAAGGAAAAGCAUAGAUUUAAAGAUAGAAUGGAACACGAAUAAGAAAACUUCAAGACUGAUAUUGAAGAAGCUGAAAGAAUCAUAUAAAAUUUCCACACAUAUACAAAUAUCAAAGAUCAUGGAACUGUAAGUGGAGUCUGCCGUGAUUUGGCACAAAAGCUAAAAGAAUUUACAGAUAAAGCCAAGAAGUUUAACAAUUAAGAACAACUCUUCGAAAAAGAACUUACUGAUUACUCUAAAAUUACUUAAAUUAAAAAAGAUUUUGAUCCUUAUUUCAAUCUUUGGACAACAUCUAAUCAAUGGUUCAAAAAUAUUGAAGUUUGGAGAAAUGGUCCUUGGAAUGAACUUAAUGCUAUUGAGUGCGAAAAGUUCGUUGAUAAUGCCUUUAAAACUUACAAUUAAGUUAUUAAAUUUUUCAAAGAUAAGGAUAUUUAGGGUGUUCUAAAGAUAGCCUAAGCAGUUAAAAGUUAAGUAGAUGCUUUUAGACCCUAAGUUCCUUUAAUGGUUGCUUUACGUAAAAAUGGUAUGAAAGAAAGACAUUGGAAAUAAGUUUCUGAUAAAGUUGGAUUCAAAGUAGAGCCUACAGAAGAUUUUACUUUCACUAAACUAAUUGACAUGGGUCUUCUCACUCAUCUUCAAUUCUGUGAAGAAGUAGGUGAAAGAGCUUCAAAGGAAUUCUCUAUAGAAACUAGCUUAAAGGAAAUGAAAGCAAAGUGGGAAGAAAUUAAAUUUGACCUUAAACCUUGGAAAGCUUCAUUUAUUAUUAGAGGAUAUGAUGAAAUUAAUACUGUUCUUGAUGAGCAUAUUGUUAAUACUCAAAGUAUGUAAUUCUCUCCGUUUAAAAAGCCAUUUGAAGAAGAAUUGAUUGAAUGGAAUGACUCGCUUAAAUUGAUGAGUUUAAUUUUAGAAGAAUGGGCUAAAUAUCAAAUGAAUUGGAUGUAUCUACAACCUAUUUUUGACUCUCCAGAUAUUGCAAAGUAAUUGCCAGGUGAAACUAAAAAGUUCAAAACUGUAGAUUAAAAUUGGAAGCACACAAUGAAUUAUGCCAAGCAAACUUAAUCGGUUUUCAAAGUUUGCUAAAUGGAAGGAUUGCUUGAAAAAUUGUAAGAUGGUAACAAAAAUCUUGAUAUGAUUCAAAAAGAGCUUAAUAACUAUUUAGAAAGAAAAAGAGAAAGAUUUGCUCGUUUCUAUUUCCUUUCUAAUGAUGAACUUCUUGAAAUUCUUUCUCAAACAAAAGAACCAACAGCAGUCCAACCCCAUUUAAGAAAAGUCUUUGAAAACAUAGCUGAAUUAGAAUUUGAUGACACAAAAAAAAUGCAUGCUAUGUUCUCUGCAGAAAAAGAAAAAGUUCCUUUUGUUAAAUACAUUGACCCAAUAAAUAAGAAUGUUGAGGACUGGAUGAAUGAAGUAGAAGAAAUGAUGAAAGAAUCAGUAAAGUCUUGUCUUCUUAAAUCAGUUAAAGAUUACCACACUAAGUCAAGAGAUUAGUGGGUACUUAAUCACCCUGGUUAAUGUAUCUUAAAUGGUAGUUAGAUAGUAUGGACAUAAGAGGUAGAAGAAGCAAUUAAAGCUAAUUAGAUAACACAAUUUUGGGAGAAGUCUUAGGAAUAACUUAUUUGCUUAGUAGACUUAGUUAGACAAAAAUUAACAAAGUAACAAAAAGUUACUAUCAAUGCUUUAAUCGUGCUUGAUGUGCAUGCUAAAGAUGUUGUUAAAAAUCUUGAAGAAAAUAAAGUCACAGAAAUUGGUGCCUUUGAAUGGAUUUCAUAAUUAAGAUACUAUUGGGAAAACAAUGACUGUCGUGUAAAAUGUGUGUAAACUAAUUUCCCCUACGGAUAUGAAUAUUUAGGAAAUACCCUCAGAUUAGUUAUUACUCCUUUGACUGAUAAGUGUUAUAUGACACUUAUGGGUGCACUUAAGCUUAAUCUAGGAGGUGCUCCAGCAGGUCCAGCAGGAACAGGAAAAACUGAAUCAGUUAAAGAUUUAGCUAAAGGAUUAGCUAAGUAGUGUGUUGUCUUUAACUGUUCAGAUAGUAUGGACUAUAUUAUGGUCGGAAAAUUCUUUAAGGGUUUAGCUAGUGCUGGUGCAUGGUGUUGCUUUGAUGAGUUCAAUAGAAUUAAUAUUGAAGUUCUUUCAGUUAUAGCUCAAUAAUUAUUAAUUUUAUUUGGUGAAAAAGCUAAAGGAAGUGAGUUUGUAGAAAAUUUUGAAGGUAGUGACAUUAAGCUUAAGCCAACUUUCUGCGUUUUUAUUACAAUGAAUCCUGGUUAUGCUGGUCGUACAGAAUUACCUGAUAAUUUAAAGGCACUUUUUAGAUCAGUAGCGAUGAUGGUACCUGAUUAUGCUUUGAUUGGUGAAAUUAUGCUUUAUAGCUUUGGUUUUAAACUUGGUAGAGAUUUGGCUAAAAAAAUGGUUGUUACAUUUAAGCUUUCUUCUGAGUAGCUUUCUUCUCAAGAUCAUUAUGAUUAUGGUAUGAGAGCAGUUAGAAGUGUUAUCAAUGCUGCUGGUUUAUUAAAAGCUGCAGAUCCUGAUAUGGAUGAAAAUUAGCUUUUACUUAGAGCCUUGAGAGAUGUUAAUGUUCCUAAAUUUUUGAAGGAUGAUCUUCCCCUUUUCGAAAAUAUUAUUUAGGAUUUAUUCCCUGGUGUAGAGAGACCAAAGAUUGACUAUGGAGAGCUUCUUAACUCUAUCACUUAAACUACCAUUGAAUCAAAUUUAUAACCACAAGAAAGCUUUAACUUAAAAGUACUUUAACUUUAUGAUACUAUUUAAGUUAGACACGGACUUAUGCUUGUAGGUCCUACAGGAGGUGGUAAGAGUUCUAAUAUGAAAAUAUUAUCCAAAGCUCUUACUAAACUAGAGAACAAUGGCUUCUAUAAAGUCCAUGUUCAUAAUAUGAAUCCUAAAAGUAUUACUAUGGGUUAAUUAUACGGAUAAUUCAAUGAACAAACAAGAGAAUGGAAUGAUGGUAUCUUGGCAUACACUGUUAGAGAAGCUUGUAGAGAUCAGUCUUCUGAAAGACACUGGAUUGUUUUUGAUGGGCCUGUUGAUGCUAUCUGGAUAGAAAAUAUGAACACAGUUCUUGAUGACAAUAAAAAACUUUGUCUUAAUAGUGGUAUGAUUCUCACAUUAACACCUUAUAUGACUAUGAUGUUUGAAGUCGAAGAUUUACUUGUUGCUUCUCCUGCUACUGUUUCUAGAUGCGGUAUGGUUUAUAUGGAACCUAUUUCAUUAGGUUUGAAACCUCUCUUUUAGAGUUGGAUUAAUACACUCCCUGAAAAAUGUGAUAGACCCACAAUAAAGAAAACUUUAGAAGAAUUCUUUGACAGAUAUGUAGAGAAAUCAAUUGAAUUUUUAAGGUAAAAUUGCAAGGAAAUUGUUAGCACUGUGGAUAAUAACCUCACUCAAAGCUUAUUUAGAGUGAUGAAUUGCUAUUUCGCAAAUUACAAAGAAACUGAAAUAAAAAAAGUAUAACCUGAAGAUGUAGAUAAUUUCGAAUUAGUGCUAGAAAGCUAUUUAAUCUUCAGUUUAGUUUGGAGUAUAUGCUGUACUGUUGAUUAUGAGGGAAGAGAAAAAUUCAGUUAGUUCAUUAGAUAGUUAAUGAUCAUAAAUAAAUCUAAAAUAUAAUUCCCUUAUUAAGGUAUGGUUUACGACUACUAAUUUAAUGAAAACACAAAGGAAUUCUAGUCAUGGAGUGAAAAUUACAAGAAUUUCGAAAUUGAAAAAUUAGUUUACAAUGAAAUUAUGAUUCCAACAAAUGAUUCCACAAGAAAUAUUUACAUGAUGAAGUUGCUUCUUACAAAUAAUUAUCAUGUUUGUUUCCCAGGUCCUACUGGUACAGGUAAAUCACUUAAUGCUUACUCUCUGCUUAGUAAUGGAUUAAGUGAUUCAUAUUAAUAUAUUGCUUUGACAUUUAGUGCUUAAACAUCUGCAAAUCAAACAUAAGAUACAAUUGAUACCAAAUUAGAUAGAAGAAGAAAAGGUAUUUAUGGUCCUCCUAUUGGUAAAAAAUGCAUUAUUUUUGUUGAUGAUCUUAACAUGCCUAAGAAAGAAGAAUAUGGUGCCUAACCCCCUAUUGAACUUAUCCGUCAAUAUUUUGAUCAUGGUGGUUGGUAUAAUAGAAAAGAUCUUUAGUUUAUGCGUCUUGAUGACUUGAUCAUUUUAAGUGCUAUGGGUCCUCCUGGUGGUGGUAGAUCAAAUAUUACCAAUAGAUGCCUAAGACAUUUUAAUGUUAUAAGUUAUACUGAUUUAGAUGAAGAAACAAUCAAGACUAUUUUCUUAACUUUAAUUAAUGCCUUUUUGAAUAAAUUCAAUGAUAAUAUAAGAGGAAUGAUCCCAGAACUUGUAAAUACAGUUCUAGUUGUUUAUUAUAGAGUUAGAAACGAGCUUCUUCCCACUCCUAGAAAAUCUCACUAUACAUUUAACUUAAGAGAUAUCAGUAAAGUUUUCUAAGGUAUUUGCGCUGCUAGCAAUAAGCACUGUGUCGAGCCUUCUGAUAUGGCCAAAUUGUGGUAUCAUGAAAAUAUGCGUAUCUUCCAUGAUAGACUUAUUGAUGACGAAGAUAGAGAUUAUUUGAAAGAUAUGCUUGUUUCCCAAUUUGAGAAGUUUAAUCUAACUAAAGAAGAAGUUCUUUCUAUGGAUAGGAUUAUUUUUGGUGAUUUCUGGUUUGGCAGAGAAACUGAAAGCAGACCUUAUAUUUAAAUACCAAACUUAAAGUAAUUAAUGACUAAAAUGGAAGAAUUUUAAGAAGAGUAUAAUUAAGACCCAGACUUUACAAAGAAAGGCAAAGCUAUGAUGAAACUUGUACUCUUCUUAGAUGCAUGUGAGCAUAUUAGUAGAAUAACAAGAGUUCUUAGAUAGCCUAAAGGUAAUGCGCUUCUACUUGGUGUUGGUGGUUCUGGAAGAUAAAGCUUGAGUAAAAUGGCUACUUUUAUUGCAGGUUACCGCUUACAAUAGAUAGAAGUUAUAAAAAAUUAUAAUAUGCGUUCUUGGAGAGAAGAUAUUAAGAAAAUUUUAAUGAUGGCUGGUAUCGAUGAUGAUCCAGUAGUUUUCUUGUUUGUAGAUACUUAAAUUAUAAACGAGUAAAUGCUUGAAGAUCUAAACAGUAUUCUAAAUUCUGGUGAUGUUACUAACUUGUAUUAGGAAAAAGACAUAGAAGAAAUAGUAGAUGCUUGCAAAAAUGAGUGUAUCAAAAGAAAUCUUCAACCUAAUAAAAUGAAUGUAUUCUCUUAAUAUUUAAGAAGAGUUACAAAUAACAUUCACUUAGUCAUUGCAAUGAGUCCUCUGUCUUCAAUGUUUUCUACUAGAUUAAGAAUGUUCCCCAGUUUAGUUAAUUGUUGUACCCUAGAUUGGUUUACAGAGUGGCCUGAAGAAGCUCUUAUUGGUGUUGGUAAAGGUUAAUUAUAGGACUUUUAAGAAGAGGUUGGUAUAGAAAAUGAAUUAGCUGAUAAAUUGGUUGAGUCUUUCAAAACUAUUCAUAAAAGUGUAGAGAAAAUUUCAGUUAAAUAUUAACUUGAGCUUCGUCGUAUCAAUUAUGUAACUCCUACAAGUUAUCUUGAAUUAUUGACUAUGUUUAAGACAAUCAUGAAAACCAAGCGUGUAGAAUUAAAGAAUUCAAUCACAAGACUAAAAAAUGGUCUUGAUAGAUUGAUUGAUGCCAACAUUUAGGUGAAUGAAAUGCAAAUUUAAUUAACUGAUAUGUAACCAAAAUUAGAGUAAGCAGCUAUAGAUACAGAGUAAAUGAUGAAAACAAUUGAAAUUUAGUAAAAAGAAGCAGAUGAGAAAUAAAAAAUAGUCUCAGAAGAAGAAGCUAUAGCAACAAAGUCUGCUAAUGAAGCUCAAAAACUAAAGGAUGAAGCAGAAAAGUCCGUCGAAGAAGCAAAUAAGAUUUUAGAUGAGACUCUAAUUGAGGUUAGUAAGCUUAAAAAAGAUCACUUGGUAGAAGUUAAAUCACUUCCUAAUCCUCCUUCAGCUUGUAUAACAAUUUUAGGAGGUAUGACUAUCCUUUUACAAGACACUUUAAAGGAAAAGGGAGGUUAGAUCAUUUUAAAAAAUAUAGAAGGAUAGAUAGGUAAAAAGGAAGAAGAUUACUUCAACACAGCUAAAAAAUGGUUACUUGCUGAUCCAAAAGAAUUAUUAGAUCUUCUUUUGAAUUUUAAGAAAGAAAAUAUUAAUCAAGCAUACAUUAAAAAGUUAGAAGAAAAAAUAUUGAGUCAUGAAGAUUGGUCUUUGGAAAAGGCUAAAACAUGCUCUCAUGCUAUUAAAUAUAUUUUCUCAUGGUGCUAAGCUAUGUAUGACUUUAAUAAAGUAUUCAGAGAAACAUAACCUCUCAGAGACAAGUUAGAAAAGUUUGAAAAAAUUGUUUCUGAAAAGAUGGCUGAACUUAAAAUUAAAAAAGACGCCUUAGAAGAAAUUCAAAAUAAAAUAAAAAAAUUAGAAGAAUAAUUUAAUGAAACAGUUGCUAAGAAAGAAAAGCUUACUAAUGACAUAGCUGAAUGCUAGCUUAAGCUUGAUAGGGCUCAGAAACUUACAAGUGGUUUAUCUGACGAAAAGGUACGUUGGUCAAAAGAUAUUGAAAUACUUUAAAAUAAUGAAAUUCUUAUCCCUGGUGAUACAGUAAUCGGUGCAGGUAUGGUUGCUUAUUCAGGGCCUUUUAUCAGUCUUUACAGAUAAAUUUUAGAAAAAACAUGGAUUAAAAAGUUAGAUGAGCUUGAAGUUAAACAUACUGCUGGAAUUACAAUGAGUAAAUUCUUAGGUAAACCAGUUCUUAUAUAACAAUGGAAUCUAGCUGGUUUACCCAAAGAUGAUACUUCUAUAGAAAAUGGUAUCAUUAUAGAAUAAUCCAGGAGAUGGCCUCUUAUGAUUGAUCCCCAAACACAAGCUAAUAAAUACAUAAAAAAUUUAGGAAAUACUGACAUUUGCAAGUCAGGCAUAGAUGUUUUAAAGAUGAGUGAUUCAAAUUUAAUCAAAACUUUAGAAAUGGCACUCAGAGCAGGUAAAUGGGUUUUGGUUGAAAAUGUGGGUAAAGAUUUAGAUCCUUCACUUGAGCCUAUUCUUUUACAAUAGUUUGUUAAGACAAAUAAUGGAUUAGAGCUAACCUUAGGAGAAAAAACUAUCUCUGUCAGCCCUGACUUUAAAUUCUUUAUGACUUCUACAAACCCAAAUCCUCAUUAUUCACCUGAAACAUUUGUUAAAGUUUGUAUCAUCAAUUUUGCCAUUACAAGGUAAGGUAUGGAAGAUUAAAUGUUAGCUAAAGUCGUUGAGCUCGAAAAUCCAUAGCUUGAGCAAAAGAAGACAGAAAUCGUAAAGAGAAAUGCUGAAGAUAAAAAAUCUUUACUUCAAAUUGAAGAUGAAAUUUUAAGAUCUCUUUAAGCAAGUGAUGAUAUUUCAGAAUUAUUGAUGGAUGAAUCCUUGAUUAACACUCUUUAAAAUGCAAAGAAAUUCGCUGCUGAAAUCAACUAAAGAAUGUAAGAUUCUAAGAUUACAGAACAACAAAUCGAUAAGACCAGAGAAGGAUAUAGACCAGUGGCAUUUAGAGCAUCUUUACUUUUCUUCUGUAUAUUAGACUUAAACGUUAUAGACCCUAUGUAUGAAUAUUCUCUCUAAUGGUUCUCUAAACUAUUUGAAAUGGGUAUUGAAAAUGCUCCUGCUUCAAAAGAGCAUGACGUUCGUUUAGAAAACUUAAAUAAAUACUUUACCUACUCUCUAUAUGAAAAUAUUUGUAGAUCUUUAUUUGAGAAGCAUAAAUUAAUUUUCUCUCUUAUGCUUACAGUUCAAAUUAUUCAAGGUGAUAACAAAAUGAAUCUGGAAGAAUGGAGGUAUUUCUUAAGUGGCCCAGGUGGUGAUAUCAAAAUCUAAAACAACCCAACUUCGUGGGUUGAUGAAAACAGUUGGAUUGACAUGUAUAGAUAAAUUUAUGGUAUCAAUUUACUACCAAAUUUUGCAGGGUUUGAAGAAUUCUUUAUGAAAGAUUAUGAUUUAUUCAGACCUAUAUUUGAUUCAUAAAAUCCUCACUUAGAUCCUUUACCUGAACCUUGGAAUUCUAAAUUAAAUGAUUUCUAAAAAAUGAUUAUCCUAAAAGCUAUUAGAUCUGAUAAGAUUAUUCCCGCUGUUGAGAAAUGGAUAGAACAUAAUUAAGGAAGAGAGUUUAUCAUUCCUCCAAUCUUCGAUAUCAGCAAAUGCUUUAAAGAUUCAAUGACUACAACACCUUUAAUUUUUGUAUUGUCUGCUGGUUCUGACCCAGUUGCAGACUUUUAGCGUUUUUCAGCUGAAUAAGAAAUGGAAAACAGAAUUUAUACAAUUUCCCUUGGUUAGGGCUAAGGACCAAAGGCUGAGAAAAUGAUUAAAGAAGCUACUCAAAGGGGAGGUUGGGUACUUUUACAAAACUGCCAUUUAGCUAUAUCUUGGAUGCCAGACUUAGAACGUAUUGUAGAAGAUUUUAAUGAAAAUCUCCAUAAGGAUUUCCGUCUUUGGUUAACAUCAAUGCCCACAAAAGAUUUCCCAAUUUCUGUACUCUAAAAUGGUGUAAAGAUGACUCUUGAACCACCUUAAGGUUUAAGAGCAAACUUAAAGAGAAGCUAUGCAGGUAUGACUGAUGACUCUCUUAAUGAUUGUAAAAAACCUAAUGAGUAUAAAAAGCUACUAUUUGGUUUCUGCUUCUUCCAUGCUAUUAUCUAAGAUAGAAGAAAAUUCGGUCCUAUAGGUUGGAAUAUACCAUACGAAUUUACAAUGGAAGAUUUAACUGUGUGCCAAAGAUAAUUGAAGAUGCUUUUAGAUGAAUACGAAGAAAUUCCUUACAAGGUAUUAAAUUAUCUUGGUGCUGAAAUUAACUAUGGUGGUAGAGUUACGGAUGAUAAAGAUGUGUUAUUAAUUAAGUCCAUCUUAAAGCUUUACAUAAAUCCAAAUAUAUUAGAGGAUAAGUAUCAAUUUUCUAAGAGUGGUAUUUAUUACUCUCCAGAAGCUGGUGAACAUUCUGAUUAUAUGAAUUAUAUUGAUUAACUUCCUCUCAAUCCCUCUCCAGAAGUUUUCGGUCUACAUGAUAAUGCUGAAAUUACAAACUCAUAAAACUUAACAAGAAUCUUACUUGAAACUAUUUUGUCUGUGCAACCAAGAACAAGCUCAGGCAAAGGAUAGUCAAGAGAAGAAAAGAUUGAAGAAAUUGCUAACUUUGUAUAAUCUAGAACACCCUAAGAAUUUAACUUCGAAGCUAUUUUCUAAUAAUACCCAACUGAUUACAAUGAGUCUAUGAAUACUGUGUUAGUUUAGGAAAUUGUUAGAUAUAAUAGAUUGCUAGCUAUUAUGAAAACCUCUCUUAUCAAUGUUAAAAAGGCUUUAAAGGGUUUAGUUGUUAUGUCAGAAGAAUUAGAAAAGCUUGCUAACUCAUUAUAUGAUAAUUAAGUUCCAAAACUUUGGGCUGAAAAAGGUUUCCUUUCAUUGAAACCUCUCUCUUCAUGGACAUAAGACUUAAAUGAAAGAAUUACCUUUUUGUAGAAUUGGAUUGAUCAUGGCACACCUAAAGUAUUCUGGAUUUCAGGUUUCUUCUUCCCUCAAGCAUUCAUUACUGGUAUGCUCUAAAAUUAUGCAAGAAAGAACAUUAUUGCCAUUGAUAAAAUAUCAUUUAAAUUUGAUAUAAUUGAUAAUAAAACACACAAUGACAUCAAAGAAAAACCUGAAACUGGUUGUUAUAUUUAUGGUAUGUUUAUUGAAGGAGCUAGAUGGGAUCAUCACAGUCAUUUACUAUAAGACUCCAAUCCUAAAGAGCUAUUCUCUAAUCUUCCUCUCAUUCAUUUAGUACCAGUAGUUAAUAGAGUAGUGCAAAAAACUGGAUUUUAUAACUGUCCUCUCUAUAAAGUUGUUUCAAGAGCUGGUACUCUUAGUACUACUGGGCAUUCAACAAACUUUGUAAUGUUCUUAGAACUCCCCUCUGAUAGAGAUGAAAGUAUGUGGAUAGUUGCUGGUGUUGCAGCUUUCCUGGCAUUAAGAUAUUGA